CAGGAGGAGAGCCAGCCGCUUGCAAACACGCACGCACGGUGGCAGGAGAGAGUGCGGAGCUGCCCCUGCCAGCCCUAGGGCCACUGGAGGAAAGAGAGAGGAGAGAUGGAGCCAGGGCUGCCCGCGGAGACGCCGCCGGCCCGCGGCCCCGUCGCGGCUACCUGCCGCCCCCCGCCGCAGCCGGGCAGCGCCGGGAUUUUCGCCGCCGCCGCGGCGUCCCGCCCCGACGUGGCUCCGCCGUGGUGUGGCGGCCCUCGCUGCUGCUGCUGCUGCUGCUGCUGCCGCCGCUGCCCCGCGCCCGCCGCCCGCCCCGCCGACGCCGAGUGCGGCGCGGUCCCCGCCGCCCGUCCUGCGGCUGCCGCGGCCGGCCCUGGGGCCGGGGCCGCCCCGGCGGCGGCGGCGGCUGCCCCGGCGGCGGCGGCCGCCGCGGCUCCGGCUCCUCCUCCUCCUCCUCCUCCUCCGCCUCCUCCACGGCCGCCGCCGCGGGGCCCUAAAGCCGCCCGGCUCAAGAGGAUGGUGCGGCUGGCGGCCGAGCUGCUGCUGCUGCUGGGGCUCCUCCUGCUCACCUUGCACAUCACCGUGCUGCGCGGCGGCGGCGAGCCCCACGCCCCCACGGGCGCCGGCAACCACAGCCAGCGGCAGAACACACUCACUGCAGAUGACCGUUCUCCUGAAGACAGCUUCACCCUGAACCCUGAGGACAGAAGAGAAUACCCUGAUCUCCAGGCUGCCCACCGGCCAUUCCCUAAGCAGCGAUUCAGGCAGGAAAAUGGGCAUACGUCCUUGCAAAGAGAUGGACCCAGAUCUUUCCUCCUGGAUCUCCCAAACUUCCCUGACCUGUCAAAAGCAGAUAUCAAUGGGCAGAAUCCCAAUAUUCAGGUUACCAUUGAAGUGGUGGAUGGCCCCAACACCGAGACAGACAAGGAUCUGCAGAAAGAGAGCAGCAAGCCUAGCUGGCCAGUCCCAUCACCUGACUGGAGAAACUGGUGGCAGAGGUCCUCCACCUUGACUCGCAUGAGCAGCGGUGACCAGGACUACAAGUAUGACAGCACUACUGAGGACAGCAACUUCCUAAACCCUCUUGGUGGGUGGGAUAGUCAUGCACCCAGUCACCGGACAUUUGAGUCCAAGGAGCAGCCAGAGUAUGAUUACAUUGAUGGUGAGGGAGACUGGAGCCCGUGGUCCCUUUGUAGCGUCACCUGCGGGAGUGGCAAUCAGAAGCGGACGAGGUCCUGCGGGUACGCCUGCACUGCCACCGAGUCACGGACCUGCGACAGGCCCAACUGCCCAGGGAUCGAAGAUACCUUCCGGACAGCUGCCACAGAAGUGAGCUUACUUGCAGGAAGUGAAGACUUUAAUGCUACCAAACUGUUUGAAGUUGAUACUGAUAGCUGUGAAAGAUGGAUGACCUGCAAAAGUGAGUUCUUGAAGAAAUAUAUGCACAAAGUGGUCAAUGAUCUUCCCAGCUGCCCAUGCUCCUACCCCAGAGAAGUUGCAUACAGCACUGCUGAAAUCUAUGAUCGAAUUAAGAGGAAGAACUUUCGCUGGAAAGAUGCAAGUGGUCCAAAGGAAAAACUGGAGAUCUAUAAGCCCACUGCACGAUACUGCAUCCGCUCCAUGCUCUCUUUGGAAAGCACAACGCUUGCAGCACAGCACUGCUGCUAUAAUGAUAAUAUGCAGCUGAUUACCAGAGGGAAAGGAGCAGGUACGCCAAACCUGAUCAGCAUCGAAUUCUCAGCAGAACUCCAUUACAAAGUGGACAUUCUGCCUUGGAUUAUAUGCAAAGGCGACUGGAGCCGAUACAAUGAAGCACGGCCUCCAAACAAUGGGCAGAAGUGUACAGAAAACCCUUCAGACGAAGACUACUACAAGCAAUUUCAAGAAGCAAGGGAAUACUGAGAAGAUUUUCCUCCUCUUCAGACACAAAAUAGCAUUCGUUUCCUGGAUGCCAAAGAACUGAUAAAGGCGGCUGCAUUGUCUCCUUCACAGGGGUUGAUCAGUUUCUUUCUAAUGAAUGUAUAUAGUUGUAAUAUAAUACUUAAGUAUUUUUCAUAGUGUGUGUAAUUUAUAAACACAUACCUCUCUAUCUCACACACACAUAUUUUUACAUACAGACAUACAUAAAACGUGUCCUGGUAGGAUUUUAUACUGCAAUAAUGUUCAUUUAAUAAUGUGCAUUUCAUUUUAUUCCCCAACUGUAACAUAAGUGUGAGAUGGGGGGGAGGGGAGGGGCAGCUGCCAUCACCUUCAGGCCCCAAGGCCCCAGCUGAGGAGGGCGCGUAUUUAAAAGUUGUUAUAAACAGUAGGAUUGAAGAAUGUACUCUUCCAUAUGGGAAUGGUCUGCAACAUUAACGCACCUACAGCAUCAGUUUUCUCUAUAAUUGAUUUCAUGACUAGUCAUAUCUAAGAAAGGAAGGGUUUUUGUUUGGUUUGUUGUUUUUUUUUUUUUUGGAAGGGUAAUACUCAUAAGUGAAUAUAGGCAGUUACUAGCAAUUUUUUUUCUUGGAAUUCCUCCUGUUACCUUCUAGUUCAGGUCUUUGCAGUCCACUUGGGGUAGGCUUGCAGGGAGAUGUAGCUGUGGUUUUCCUGUAGAGCAGAAAAAGUCCCAAUGCAGUGGUUCUGCAAGAGUUACAAACAGCCCACUCCAGAGACAUCUCAGAUAGGGAGCUACAGCUGUCAGCGCUUACCCCUUAUACCAGGGAGCAGAUCUUCAGGGCAGCUACCUGUAAACUUAGCAUGCCAUAAGUCUUUGGAGGACUGAGGCCAGAGAAGGAGGCCAUGUCAAAGGAGGAAAAAAAAAAAAAAAAUCACAGUUACUUCCCUAUUUUUAAUAUGGAGAGUGUUUAGAUCUGCUUGUUUCUUUCUUUAAGAAAAAAAAGUAGUUUAUUUUUUUGAAGAACAGGAAAAGUGGAAUACGCAUUUCUAAGUUCCCUGAGAUAAAGCACACAACCAGCCCUUUCCCCCCAUUUAUCAUAUGCUGAGUGCACAGUGUCCUGCAGAAGAAGCUAUUCUUUAAGGAAGCUGUCUGGGAGGAACUAUCGGUGACUUAAAAUAUCUUAAUUUUUUAAAAAGCUAGCAUUAUUUUUGUAAAGUAUUUAUUGAAUUGUAACAAUAACUCACAUGGGGAGUAUGUCUCUAACACGAAAGGCUUCCGUAGAUGGAACUUGAUUGCCAACAAUAAGACUGUUGUUAGGCAAAGGUUUUACUUCCAAAUUUUUAUAAAUUGCAAGUUUACAUACAUAAUCCUGUAAUUAAGCAGCUGAUAGCUGCAUUCUUCUGAAAGAUAAAAAUUACGCUGUGGGUAAAUAAAUACUUAAAGUUCCAUCCUGUAAAA